AUGUCCUCUGACGACUCUACAACUCUAGAAGACCUUGAAGAGUCUUUUGAUGACCUGACGGUAUCGGGUAAGUCUUAUUUUAGCAUUGCAUUUGUUGUAUAUUAUAGAAUCUGGAUUACCAAUUACAGCGCUGACAGUCAAAGUUUGAAGAUUAUGUUUUUUCCCUUUUUGUCAAGGCCAAUCCAACGAACAACUCACAAGUACUCCCGAGAAAGAUAGGAGUUUAUCAGCAAGACAUGUAAAACAUGACCUUACGCCAAAAUCCAAAUGUGCAAGCUUACCAGCUUCGAAAAGAAGGCAGAUAGGUGUGAAUUUUGUUAUUCAAUUUUUCGGAAAAAAUAAUUGAAAUAAGCGUAAAUAAAAAUACAUAACUUAUUGAAGCUUGCAUAUUAACUCAAGUACUAUCGUUUCAGGAAGAUCUCUUAAUUCUCGAGAGAUCCGUUCUAGACAGGAUGAACUUUAUUCUCGCUUAAAGGAAGGUUUUGAAGAGAGGGAAGGCGCCAGUACAGACCAAUCGGUCAUGUUGGAGUACCUUAAUCUUGGAGAGGCAGACAAGAGUUUCUUGACCAGAGGUGUUAAAGAAGUGUUUCCAAGCUCAGAGUUAAGAAGAACAAGAAGAAAAGGUGGUCAAUUGUAUCCUUUUUAACACUUGUUGUUGUUGUUGUCAUUUUAAAUUCUCUUUUUAUAAUGCCUUUUUUGAAAAUAAGCAAUUUGUUACAAACAGUGCAUACUGGGAUUGAUCUUUGGAAAAGUCUUGAGUCCCUGAGCUAACCAAUGGGUCCCAGUUGAAAAAAAACAAGGAUUCUCAACUUGAAAAUGCUUUUAUGUAACCAGACAGUUAAUCUGAAGACAGAUGCCAAAACUCUUUAUUACGGUCUACUGAAAUUAAACUAUAGUCGUUCUAUAUAUUUAAAGCACAAACAUACUGAAAUAAAUAUGCAUCUUUAAAAUCAAUCCAUCAUUUUUUGCCUCCUACGGGACACAUGUCAAGAACUAUUUUAGGGAUGCAGGAUGUGGAGGUGAUUAAAUCACUGCAAAAAACGUCUCAAACUGAUAUUCUGCCAAAAAAAUUCUUAACUGCUAUUUUCAACAGUUACCUGACUUUUAUAUCUUUCAAAUUUCAUCUUAUUCACUUGCAUUUACUUUGUAUUCAUAAUUUGUGAAAAGACAGAGGGGCUAAUUGCCGGCCCUUAACUGGAAAACAAAACAUACUAUCUAAAGAAGUCAAUAUUAAAAGUUACAUAUUUACGCUCUACUGAUAAGGUAAUGUUGAACACAGUUUCCUAGCCAUGUAUGAGUGAUGCUACAAAGUAUUUUGUUUUUUUUUUCUUAACUUGAAAAAAGAUCUUUCUAUAAGUAUGUCAAUAUUGCUGUGAGAGCAAAGUUUGGAUCUUUGGGACUCACCUCAACCUUUGAGGAUGAUUCAGGUAAAUACGGUAAAUGUCAUAACAGAAGCUUUUUUUCUGAAAUAGAAAUAUUAAAUGGGAAUUUCAUUGCUGAAAAUACAUGUACAUCUUUUAUCUUUAAUUACAUUCAAUGACAAUCUGUGAUCAAUUUAUGAAGCUGACAUUGUCAAAACUAGUAGACGAGUUUUUAAUUAUUUCUUUAUAUUCAUCAGGGACUCCGAACUUUCAUUUUCAGGCAUUGAAUUUCGCCAUCAACUGGGUACAUUUACUUUGAUUGUAAUUAGAUCACCUCACUAAUGCGUUCUCUUACUUUUCCAGAUGAGAUAAUAUCAAUAAAGAGGCAAAUCUUGGCAAGUGAAGAGACCAUGAAGCAAAUAUGGAUACAUCUUAUGGAAGGUCUUGAGGAAAAUGAUUUGCUGACAUUAGCUGGUUAGUAUGCUCAAGAAGCUCGAGAAAGGGAUCGAUAUGUAUCUGGCUUGAUAAACUUGUAUGAGAAAGAGAUCAAAAAGCUC